CAUUUCUUAUUGUUGUUUUUAUCUUUUCUUUGCGGCAGAGGAGAUCAAUUCAUAAUUUUCUUGGAUUCUUGUUGAUGUUUUGUGUAGUUUUGUUGUUGUUGGGAUCGAUCAGGCCGUGUGUGAUGGUGCAUGAGAGCGUAAGAGUGAAGAACAUAGAACAUAAUAAGAACAUCAGAACUUAGAGAGGGACGCAAAGAAAUUUAUUACGGUUAUAGCCAUUAAACAAAAAAGCACUUUCCACGUCGACAAACCGCUUAUCGGCUUUUGUGGUGUAUGGCUUUGGCUUACACCGCACCAUUUGGCAUUUAAAUUGUAAUACAGUGACAUUUUACCUUUAACUAAAUUGCUGUCUAUUGGCAGCAGCAGCAGCCAGCAGCAUCAAAAUGCGUAUUACGAACUAUCGGAAUGGUCGAGUUUGCCGUUUGGCUCUUGUGUGCUUGGUAAUUUUGCCACUAUUGUAUCUAUUGACGACAUGGAGUGAUGGCCAUAAGCGAGUUUCAGAAGCAUACCAGGCAAAAUUCGGCACCGCGCGUCGCCACUACCAACGUCUGGAGGGAAGGCCCAAAGAAACACCGAUUUUGGUGGAGGGUUUGGGUAAUUUCGAACCCAAGUUGUUGGAAGAACGUGUUGGCCCUGGUGAAAAUGGCGAAGCUUAUCACUUGCCGGCUAAUAAGAAAAACGAAGCAGAUGAGUCAGAAAUGGAAUACGGUAUGAACAUGGCCUGUUCCGAUGAAAUAUCUCUGCAUCGUAGUGUUCGCGACACUCGCUUGGAAGAAUGUAAACAUUGGAACUAUCCAUAUGAUUUGCCCAAGACCAGUGUGAUUAUUGUCUUCCACAAUGAGGGCUUCUCCGUGCUCAUGCGUACCGUCCAUUCGGUAAUAGACCGAAGUCCAAAGCAUGUUUUGCAUGAAAUUAUUUUGGUUGAUGACUUUUCGGAUAAAAAGAAUCUACGAGAAGAGCUGGAAACCUAUAUCGAACAGUUCCAUGGUUUGGUGAGACUAAUACGCAACAAAGAGAGGGAAGGUUUAAUUCGUACAAGAUCUCGAGGCGCCCAGGAGGCUACGGGUGAAGUCAUAGUCUUCCUUGAUGCUCAUUGCGAGGUGAACACAAACUGGCUGCCACCUCUGUUGGCCCCCAUAUAUCGCGAUCGCACUGUUAUGACUGUACCCAUUAUAGAUGGCAUUGAUUACAAAACAUUCGAAUAUCGUUCGGUUUAUGGCAGUGAGAAUCAUUUCCGCGGCAUAUUCGAGUGGGGUAUGCUGUAUAAAGAGAAUGAGGUACCUAAGCGGGAGCAAAGGCGCAGACAACACAACUCCGAGCCUUAUAGAAGUCCUACACAUGCCGGUGGUCUGUUUGCCAUUAAUCGCGAAUACUUCUUGGAACUGGGAGCUUAUGAUCCAGGCCUUUUGGUUUGGGGCGGUGAGAAUUUCGAAUUGAGUUUUAAGAUUUGGCAGUGCGGUGGUAGCAUCGAAUGGGUACCCUGUUCCCAUGUGGGCCAUGUUUAUCGUGGUUUCAUGCCCUAUAACUUUGGGAAAUUGGCCAGCAAGAAAAAGGGUCCUUUGAUAACAAUCAACUACAAACGUGUCAUAGAAACAUGGUUUGAUGAUACCCACAAAGAAUAUUUCUACACCCGAGAACCCUUGGCCAGAUAUUUGGAUAUGGGAGACAUAAGUGAGCAGUUGGCUCUGAAGAAGCGUUUGAGCUGCAAAUCAUUCCAAUGGUAUAUGGAUAACAUAGCCUAUGAUGUAUAUGAUAAAUUUCCCGCAUUGCCUGCUAACUUACAUUGGGGUGAGCUACGGUCAGUGGCCUCAGAAAAUUGUCUGGACUCAAUGGGCAGUCAACCGCCAGCAAUUAUGGGUCUCUCACAUUGUCAUGGCGGUGGCAGUAAUCAGCUCAUUCGAUUGAAUGCAGCCGGCCAAUUGGGGGUGGGUGAACGUUGUGUGGAAGCCGAUCGCCAAGGCAUUAAAUUGGCUGUCUGUCGCCUAGGCACAACCGAUGGCCCUUGGAGUUACAAUGAAACUACUAAGCAUUUAUUGCACAGAGCCCAUAAAAAAUGUGUAGCCUUACAUCCGCAAACACACCAGCUAUUCUUGGCUCAUUGUGAUGCCCAGGAUGGCUAUCAACAGUGGUAUUUUAAACCUAUCAAACCCAAAUACUAGACAAUCAUUAAUGUGACCAGCAGCGGGGCUGAGCAGCUUAAUCCCCAACUUGCCCACACAGCGCUACAUUGCGGCAAACAAAAAAAUCCAAUACAGCCUAUAAAAUAAUUUUAUAAGCAAUAUAUCUGUUAGGAAAUUAUACAUAGAGAAUAUAGACAAGUUAGUGCAGAGAGAAGGAGGAACGAUUUGGUCUCGACGUUAAAAUAUUAUACUACACAAAAAUAUUUUGGGGUUUCAAACAACGGAUGGAUCUAUGGGUUUUUCUAAAAAAGCUAUAGAUUAAAAAACAAGAACAACAACAAAAAAUUAUAAGAGACAAGUAUAUUUACAGAACUACAUAGUAAAACACACAUACAGAUAUAAACACAAAGCCAGGGUAUACAACUUUUUGUGUAUGCCCCCUAGAUUGCUCAGUUUCUUGAGAAUAAAGAAGAACAAGCAUUUCAAAAUCAA